AUGGGUAUGGGAAUGGGCAUGGGACAUGGUAUGUGUAUGAUAUUGGUACGGGUCACAAUAUGGGUGUGUAUAUUGGCAUGGGCAUGGCAUGAGUAUGGCUAUGGUCAUGGGUCACGGUAUGGGUUUGGAUAUAGGCAUGGAUACGGGUGGGUAAAGGGUAUCGGUUUGGGUGUGGGUGUGGAUACGAGUCAAGGUAUGGACAAUAAAAUGGGUAUGGGUUUGGGCAUGGCAUGGGCAUAG